AUGUCUUCUUCCAUUUCUUCUUCAAAACAGUGGUAUCAAAUUAAAGAUCCAAACAAUACAAAUGCAACUCCUGCUAUUUUUCAAAAACCAGAUAUUACAUCGAGCACUAGUGGUCGAUAUGUACAUGUUGUAGACAAAUCAUUUAAUGUACAAUCUUUCUUAGCAUAUGAUGGAGGAAGAAUCACACAUAUGAAACAAAUUAAACAAAAGAAUAUCUUAGUAACAAUUGGCGAUGAUGAUCCUCCUGCUAUUAAAAUAUGGGAUCUUGACAAGCAAGAUAAAUCUAAAGGAACUCCUGCAUGUCAACGAACAAUUAAAGUUAAUCAUGGUGGUAAACCUUUUCCUGUAUCAACGUUUGCUGUACUAGAUAAUCUGGGUCAAAUUGCUGUUGGUUUGGCCAAUGGUGUGGUUGUGUUGAUUAAAGGUGAUUUGUAUAGAGAUCGUCAUACAAGACAAAAAGUAAUACAUGAAAGGCUUGGGUUUAGAGAACAUUGGAAAUCAAUUAUUUUAUUCAUUGUUACUACAAAUAAGAUUCUAACUUAUGUAACAACCAGUAAAUUACCACCUACUAUUCUUGAUGAUCAAGGCUGUGGUUUAAAUUGUGCUGUAAUGAGCGAUACCACACAUGAAAUGGUUGUUGCUAAAGAUGAGGCAAUUUAUUUCUAUGGACCUGAUGGACGUGGAUCUUGUUUUGCUUAUGAUGUUACUUGGUUCAAAUCAUAUUUGAUAAUCGUUGCACCUCCAGUUUCUCAACCAACCAGACUUACAACUACCACACGAUCGGCUUUAUCAAUACUCCCAGGAAUUAUUGCAUACAUGGGAACUUUUUCAUAUGGUGUCAGAACAAUUACUUGUGAGUGGGGCGAAAAAGAUACUCCAACUAAAUUGGAAAUAUUAUUCAAAAAAAACUUGUAUUUAUUAGCCAUUAAUCUUGCACAUAGUCAAAAAUAUGACGAUACCAGUAUUUCAGAAAUUUUUAAAAAAUACGGUGAUCAUUUAUACAAGAGACGUAGUUCCUCAAGAAAUUUCUCGGACGCAAAUUUUGCCACAAAAAAUAAAAAUAUUAAUAAAGAUUGUGAUGGUAAGGACUCAUCUAUAACAUGCUGUGACGACAUGCUUCGUAUGAUUGUUGAUCUGACGCCAAAUGUUGUUUAUACUCUUACACCUGGAACAGGUGAUUGUACAUGGGUUAAUAUGCGACUGUUGAAAUAUACUGGUAAGCGUAUCGAUAGUUUGCUAGGUCAUGGUUGGAUAGAGGUGGUACAUCAAGACGAUAGAUCGUCGGUAUGGGAAAUGUGGAAUAGAACAUUUUCAAGAGGUGAAGGCUCUAGUGCCGAGUAUCGUAUACGUAGAUUCGAUGGACAGUAUCGCUGGUUCUUGGGUCGUGCUGGUCCGUUAAGAGAUGCUAGAGGUGUCAACAUUCGUUGGUUUGGAACUUGUACCGAUGUGCACGAUCAAAAAUUAUCCGAGAAACUACAAAGUCGUCAGAUACACAUCGAGGCUAAUGAGAAAAAGUAUCGUUUGUUGGCUGAUGCUAUACCACAAAUAGUUUUCACUGCAACACCUAAAGAAGGUAUCAAUUAUGUCAAUAAGAAAUGGAUUGCUUAUUCUGGUCAGACAGAUGAACAGGCAAAGAAUCUAGGAUUUCUGUCACAUGUUUUUCCAGAGGAUAGAGUGCAUUGUUGUUUGCCAGAGGUGAAGGAUGCACUAGAUGAGAUUGGUCUUUCAUACACCACUGAAGUUCGCUUGAUGAACGCAGAAGGUGAAUACAGAUGGUUUUUGGUUAAGUGUAUUAGUGUAGAAGUAUCCGAACAAGGUAGAAUAUGGUUUGGCACUUGUACUGACAUCAAUGAUCAUAAAUUGGUUGAACAGAAACUUCAAGAAGCUCAUGAUGCAGCUAAAAAAUCAACUGAAAGCAAAACUCAAUUCUUGUCUAAUAUGUCUCACGAAAUUCGAACACCACUUAUAGGUAUUACUGGCAUGAUAAAUUUUAUGCUGGCAACCAAUUUAACAACAGAACAAAUGGAUUAUGCACAUACCAUACAACAAUCAGCAGACGCUUUAUUAUUAGUGAUAAAUGAUAUAUUGGAUUUGAGUAAGGUGGAAGCAGGGAUGAUGAAAUUGGAGAUGGAACCUUUUUUAGUUCGUGAUAUGAUCGAUGAUACCAAUGAGUUGCUUUCUACGUUGGCAAUUCAAAAGGGAUUGGAGUUGAGCUUUAUUGUUGAAGAGAAUGUUCCUGAGGUUGUUUGCGGUGAUAGAAUAAGAUUACGUCAAGUAUUAUUGAAUAUUAUUGGCAACGCGAUCAAAUUUACAUCAAAAGGCGAAGUUUUUUCUAGAUGUUCAGUAGAGUCGUUUUCAAAAACCGAUGAUGGUAAAAAUGAAGUGAUGUUAUUGUUCGAAGUUAUUGAUACUGGCGAGGGUUUUGAUGCUAUGGCAGAAGCAGUUAUGUUUAAACCAUUUUCGCAAGUUGAUACUUCGUCAACUCGAAAACAUGAUGGUAGUGGAUUAGGUUUAGUGAUAUCGAUGCAACUUGUUGAGUUACAUGGCGGCAAAUUAUACUGUAAGAGUCAAAAGGGUGUUGGCUCAGCCUUUUACUUUACUGCAAAAUUUACAAUACCACCUGACUCGACCAUGCCACGUCCACAAACCCCAACAUCCGAAGUAUCAAAUUCACCAUUUUUCCGCUGUAGUAAGGUUUCAGUCCAAGUCUCAUCUAAACAUAGUUCGGACAGCAUAAUUACGCCACCCUCAUCAGGAAAUUCUUUACCAUCAUUUAAUAAUAUCCUUGUUAAGCCAACAACAAUUGAUUUACCUCGUACUAAAUGUGUGCUUAUUGUUGCCGACUUAUCAAAUUCUCGUAAAGCCAUAGUUCAUUAUGUUUGUUCGAUUCUUCCAAAAACACCUGUACCCGAGAUUGACAUUGCUAAUGAUUACGCCGAAGCUUAUGAAAAAAUCAGCAAUUUAAAAUUUUAUUCGCACAUUUUGAUAAAUUUAGUUUCACAAUCACACGUGAUCUCACUUGCAUCAACCAUCAAACAUUCAAAUCACUUAUCACUAACAGCGACUGUGAUCUUAACUACACAGAUACAACGUGCUGGUAUAGUUGAAGGGGCACAAGGUGAAUUUCCAGAACAUGUUGAUUUUAUUUUCAAGCCAUUGAACAGGAGUAAAAUGGAGGGGUUGUUUGAUGAUACGACCACUUUCAGAGAUAGUUUCUUGAAGAGAAGAAACACACAUAAGGUUGUUGCUAGUCAAAAAGAAGUUUUUCAAAGAAUGGCUGAAGAUGUUGGCGAUCGAGGAUAUAAAGUUUUAUUGGUAGAAGACAAUUUUGUAGGAUUAGAAGUAACUGUAGCUGUUAAUGGUGAUCAAUGUUUAGAACAAUUUUUUUCGCAUCCUCAUAAUUAUUUUUCUUUUAUUUUGUGUGAUCUGUUUAUGCCCAAAAAAGAUGGUUAUGAAACAACGAUCGAGAUUAGAAAAUGGGAAGCUGAAAAUUUAAAAGAUUUAGAUGACGACACACCAAUCCCAAUAAUAGCAUUGUCAGCAAAUGUAAUGUCCGAUGUUGUUUCAAGAUGCUUAAAAGUAGGAUUUACAGAUUAUGUCAGCAAACCUGUAAAUUUUGCAAUUCUAAGUAAUGUAAUAAGAAGCAUAUUGAAACUUGAUAACAAAAAUGUAACAACUAAAUAA